UGGUGCGCGCUGCGGUCGCGGAGGUCUGCUCCCGGACGUGGGUGGAGAUGGAGUUCGACUGCGAGGGUCUCAGGCGGCUCCUGGGCAAGUACACCUUCAGAGAUCUAACUGUGGAAGAACUAAAGAAUGUAAAUAGAUUUUUCCCACAUUUCAGAUAUUCCAUGGACACUUAUGUAUUCAAAGAUAGUUCCCAGAAAGACCUGCUGAAUUUCACUGGCACUAUUCCUGUCAUGUACCAGGGUAAUACCUAUAACAUACCAAUUCGUCUGUGGAUUUUGGAUUCCCACCCGUUUGCUCCCCCCAUUUGCUUCUUAAAGCCAACCGCAAACAUGGGAAUCUCAGUUGGAAAACAUGUGGAUGCUCAAGGCAGAAUUUACUUGCCCUAUCUUCAAAACUGGAGCCAUCCUAAAUCUGUCAUUGUUGGACUAAUUAAAGAAAUGAUUGCCAAGUUUCAAGAGGAACUUCCCCUGUAUUCUCUAUCAUCAUCUGAUGAGGCACGGCAGGUAGACUUGCUAGCCUAUAUUGCAAAAAUCACUGAAGGUGUCUCAGACAUAAAUUCAAAGAACUGGGUAAAUUAUGAGCAUAAAACCGUCAAUAAAAUUACUGUGGUUGGAGGUGGAGAACUGGGUAUUGCCUGCACAUUAGCAAUCUCAGCAAAGGGCAUUGCAGACAGACUGGUCCUCUUGGACCUCUCAGAAGAGACGAAAGGAGGGGUAAUGGACCUUGACAUCUUUAGCCUGCCUAAUGUGGAGAUCAGCAAAGAUUUGUCUGCCUCUGCUCAUUCCAAGGUGGUGAUCUUCACGGUCAACUCUUUGGGUAGUUCUCAGUCCUACCUAGAUGUGGUGCAAAGCAAUGUGGAUAUGUUCAGAGCCCUUGUCCCAGCUCUGGGACAUUAUAGUCAACAUAGUGUCCUGCUCGUUGCAUCUCAACCAGUGGAAAUCAUGACGUAUGUGACAUGGAAACUGAGUGCAUUUCCUGCAAAUCGAGUGAUCGGAAUUGGAUGUAAUCUGGAUUCACAGAGACUACAAUAUAUUAUUACAAAUGUUUUGAAGGCACAGACUUCAGGAAAACAAGUAUGGGUUGUUGGUGAGCAAGGAGAAGCCAAAGUGCCUGUAUGGGGUGGCCAAGAAGAGGUAAUGAGUCAUAACUCUCAGGUGCAGUUGUCCACCAGAGCCAUGGAACUGUUACGGGUUAAAGGCCAAAGAUCCUGGUCUGUUGGACUAUCAGUAGCUGACCUGGUUGACAGUAUUGUAAACGAUAAAAAGAAAGUACAUUCUGUAUCAACUUUAGCAAAGGGAUAUUAUGAUAUAAAUAGUGAAGUGUUCUUAAGUUUGCCUUGCAUCGUAGGAACGAGUGGGGUAUCUGAAGUCAUCAAAAACACAGUGAAGGAAGAUACAGUGACUGAGAAACUCCAGAGCAGUUCAUCAUCAAUCCAUGAUCUCCAACAACAGUUAAAACUUUGAUUUUAAAGUUGUUACCAGGAAGGAAAGGUCAUUUAAUUUUGCCAACAUAUAUAGGGUUGAGAACUUCUAUAUCUUAUUACUUACCCUUACAAACUGCUUGGUUAAGGUAGGUUUCCAGUUAGCUUUGUAAUUUGAAACCUUAGGGAGUUAGAUAAGGAGGGGGAAAAAAUCUAAUUUUCUUUGUUGCUCUUGAGCUAUCUAAACCAUUCUUUAAACCUCAAGCAGAAGUAGACAUUCAUCGACAAUAUGCAUUAUUUAAAUUUAUGGAUCCUCAACUAAUAGCACACUCAGCACUUUGGGAGUAUUUUGAAAGUAAUAUAUUUUUAAAAGAAAAUGACUCCUUGACUGUUAAACACAAUACGUUGAAGGGCCAAUAUUGAUUGACAGAGUCUUCUAGGGUACUUUCAAAAGAUCCCUGGCCUAAGGUAUUGUUUCUUUUUUAAAAUAUAGUUGGUAGUUAUGAGAAAGCAUUUUAUUUUUCCUCUUCAAAUUAAUUAGCUGCCAAAAAAUUAAAGAAUUUUAUGUGCACUUUCAAGUUUUUGAUAUGUGCACUUUCAAGUAGUAAAAGGGAAAGUGAAAAUUUUUAAUAUUUGAAGAAAAAGUGUAGUUAAAUUUCCAAUGGGGCUAUCCUUUCUGAAAUUUUUUUUAUAACCUCUUCUUGGGCUAUACAAUAGAUCUCCAACAUUUUAAAAGCCUAUUAUGUUAUUAGUAUCAUGGAGAAAGAUGUAUUUUUAGUGGAAAUAGAUUAUGAAAAAAAACCAAGCAAUUUACUUUAAAGGUAAAAUAUGAGGCUUUCAUAAAAACCAAUAGUCUUAAGGGGAAAAGGUAAGAUGAACUGGCUGUUCUGAACAGAUCCACUCCUGAAGAAAUGAUUCAGAGUAUGCUUGCCUUAUGGGUCAAUAACAGUAACUUCAUAUGUGAAAGUGUAUUAUUACAGAUGUGACACACAACUAAUAGUAAUAGCUAACACUGACACUUCUAUUUCAGGCAGGAUGAUGAGCACUUUAUUAUUUUAAUUGAAUACUGAAAAUAAUCCACUGAGGUAGGUUUUAUCAUUUUAUAGAGGAGAAAAUUGAGGUGCCCAGGUGUCACGGCCAAGGGGCACUUACCCACACAGCCUCUUCUUUUUCUAAGUGCUAGAAGGAAGAAAAAGCCUAACAGCCAAAAUAGUUACCACAAGACCAUAAAGCUGGGAUUCUGUACACUAUGGCAGGAUUACUUCUACUUUCAUGUAGGGACUGUCUUUCUUUUUUAUUCCAACAGUUUUUUUGAAAGGUUGAUUCCCUGACUUCCCAGACUUGUCCUCAGCAAACAGCAAAGGAGAGUGUGCAGUGAGACAGGUGUUUGCUUGUUUAUUUAUUCGUUCAGAUGGUAUUGCCUGGAAGCCUACAACAUACCAGGCUCUAUACUGGGCACUGCAGAUACAGUGGGGAGCAAACUUGGACUUGGUGCAAGCCUGUGUGGUCCAUACAAUGAGUAUGGGAGACACAGUAAUCAACUCUCACAACUAAAUGUACAAUUGCAGGUAUAAUUAGUAUUGUGAAGAAGUCCCAGGGUCUUUGAAAGCAUAUAAUGGGUAAAUCCAAACCUGAUCGGAUAGGAGCCAGGUGGUUUAUAAGGGGCAGACACAUCCUAGUUAGAAACAGUGAAACGAAUGCCGAUUUAAUAAUGGAUGCUUAUAAUGAGCUUAAAUCAGAAUGAAAUUAUACUCAGUGUCUCAUGUUUAAGAAAGUAGAAAAAUAUAGAAUACAUUUGGAAAGAUUCCCAUGAGAAUUACCUAGGGAAAAAACCAUGGCCAUUUGAAGAGAUAAGGAUUAGUUCUGUGUAAGUUCACUACGUGAGUAGGUUAUGUUGGUGUUACUCUUAACAAUGUAUCCUCACUGUCCUGUUGCAUGAAAUAGGGAAGUAAAACUGAAAGAACCAUUUCUUGUAUUUGUCAAACUAGCCUUUUCUAGUAUCUAUCUAGAAAUUAGAUAAUUUCUAAUACACUCUUCAGCCUAACUGCAAAACACCGUGUAAUAGAUGAAUUACUCAGCGUUCACUCUAUUAAUUAGAAGUGAAGGUCAAUGAAUGCAAUACAGCAUACUUAUUGAGCAUCUACUGUUAUCCCAAGUACUGUGUUAGAAUUUGAGUAUUCAAAGUUGAGUAAUAGCCUUUGCCCUGCGGAAGCCCACCAUAUAGAAAUAAUUGUCAGUUAUUUUCUUAAAUGUUGAGUAUUAUCAGUCAUGUUGUAAGUACCAUAUGUAAGUCAAGAAGCAGUCUCACCACUACCUCACUAUGAUUUGGUGAUAAUUGCCAUUCACGGUUCUUCUGUUUAACUUUUACUUUUUCAUUUUUCCAAAAUCAUGCAGCAUCUGUUUUUGUUAUGAUUUUUAGUGGGGCUUGGAUUAAAAUGCUUUGAUUUUGUGGU